AUGUCCAGCUCCAUGGCCGCGCCGCCUUACUCCAACAAAGCUGCCAUUUACCUUGGACCCGUUAUUUCCUUUGGAGUCGUCGCACUUUUCCUGGUCAUUGCGCGUAUCUAUACACGCGUAAAGAGGACAGGACAGCUGUAUCUCGAUGAUUGGAUCAUCGUGGUCGCGGAGCCAAUGUCGUUGGUCGGCAUAUGUUUGGCCAUCGCGUCGACCGCAUACGGAUGGGGUAAACCAGCAGCAUUCUUCACACCCGAGGCGCUCAAGCAGACACUAAGGGUCCAAUUCGCGCUCCAGACCGUGUGGCUCCUGACGCUAUGGCUCGUUCGACUGUCUGUCGCGUGCUCGCUACUGCGUUUUGGAACCGAAAGACUAUGGCGAUGGCCAUUGUACUUCAUCAUGGGUCUCCAGACGGUCAUCUCCUGGGGCUACUUUGUGAUUCAGUUUGCACAGUGCACACCCGUCAGCUCCAACUGGGAUACUGGUAUCUCUUCCAAAUGUUGGAACCUGGAUCCCAUCAUCCUCUUGGGAUGGGUUAUAGCUGGUGUUUACAUCGCUAUGGAUCUUACGCUUUCUCUCAUGCCAAUCCGCUUGAUCCGUACCUUGAACCGCUCCCAAUCGGAGAAGAUGCUCAUCUGUGUCCUAAUGGCCCUCGGUCUUCUCGCGACUGCAAUUAACUGCGCUAAGAUGACAACGUUCACGUCUUUUGGUCAAGGCGACGUGAUGCAGGCUACCAUCGUGCCUUCAAUGUGGGCCAAGCUAGAAGAAGAGAUUGGCAUUAUUGCUUCGUCGCUUCCUUGGCUCAAGAGCCCGGCUGAGAAUUGGUUGAAGAAGAUGGGCAUAUUGAAAGAGCAUCAGCUUACCAAACCGAGCUUUGUGGCUGAUAUGAGCUUGCCGAACGUCAAGGACAACGUCGAGGAUAUGAAUAAUAAUGAUGAUGACGAUGAUGCGGACAGUGCGAAAGUAAAGGGAAAUGUUAGAGUGGAUUCAGUGGCUACUGCACUCGGUACCAAAGGCUCCAACUCAACCUUGCCAAAAGAUCCAAACAGCCAUACCUGGCAGGCUGUCUGA